AUUCAAUAGCAUUGCAAUUAUAAACUGAAUAAUAUACACAAUGGUUAUGAACAAUGCGAUCAUUAUUUUAGAAUGCAUGCUAUUUUCCUUUGAUAUAAUUAAAGCUUCAAACAGUUUCCUUGGUGACUUCAAUUAUACAAGACAUCGACGGCAACUUGGAUAUAGCGAAUGCUCACUUCCGACCUUUCCCGAAAACGGUGACUGGAAACUCCUGAGCGGAACUGGUAAACCAGGCGAGAAAGUGCCAAAAGGAACUGUUAUUCAAUUCCACUGCAAUAACGGAUAUAAACUGUCCAUGCAAAGCCCCUACGUGGUAUGUGACGGAAUAUGGAAUUCAUUCCCCAUCUGUCAAAAACUUUGUCCCCCAGUAUAUCCGUCAAGUACAUAUUCACUGAAAUGUAUUGACUCAAUGGGAAUGCCAAUCAGUUGUACAGAAGCCACAGAAGGAACGUACUUACAAUUUAACUGUGCUCCUUUUUACGAGUCACAAGUUGGAUCGAAAUCACGCCUUUGCAGAGAUGGAAGCUGGAAUUAUCCUAAACCUAUAUGUCUGCCAGUUUGUGGGCAAAAAAUAGGUGAGACUGCCAAACCUCUAAUUUUUGGAGCUAAGCCAAAUGAAAAAUUACAAUAUCCAUGGGUCACGGCAAUUUAUCAGAAAAUUAACAGUUCAUACGUCAAUAUUUGUGGAGGGUCCAUUUUAAGCCUCAAGGUGGUCUUAACAGCUGCUCAUUGUGUUACAAACGACUACGGAAAUGUGAACCCUAACGAAGACUACAUGGUAGGCGCUGGGAAACUUUAUAACAAAUAUCAAGCUCAAGAAGAUGAGCAAGCGCAAUAUUCACAAAUAUCCAAAAUAAUAGUCCAUGAAGAUUACAAAGGAGAAAAUAGACGCUUCCUAGCCGAUAUCGCUGUACUGGUGGUGAAAGUAGAAUUCCAAAUCAAUGAAGUGAUACAACCCGUCUGCUUUAACAAUUUGAAUUCCAUUUACUUGCAUGUCGGGAGUGAAGGAGAGGUAUCAGGGUGGGGACUGGCAGAAUGUGGAGUACCCUCCGAUGUGCUGCGAACGCUGAAGAUCCCCUACAAAAGCGAAACAACGUGCGCAGCAGAGCUGCCUGCCGCAUUUGCUGACAAAUACAACAUGGGUGAUAAGAUUUGCACAGGUUUAUACAAUCAGAGCACGAGCGUGUGUGAAGGCGACAGUGGGAAUGGUUUGACCUUUAAAAAUCCAGAUAAUAACAGAUAUUACAUCCACGGCGUGGUCAGUUUAGGGCCUAGAAGCGAACAGCACUGCGAUAUCCAACAGAACAGCCUCUAUACUAAAGUAGUUCAAUAUUAUGAAUUUGUGGACCGCAUACUGACUAGAUACAUGUCGGAAGAAAAGUCUUGUAUUCUUCCACCCCAUCCCCAAAAUGGCGAAUGGAUAAUCAGCAUGAAAGGGAAAAGUCCAGGAGAUGCUGUUCCAUCCAGUACCACUCUGAACAUCAGAUGUAACGUAGGCUUUAAAUUAUCGUCGACUACGACAAAUAUCGAAUGUGCUUCAGCACAAAUGAUGCCGACUUGUCAAUUAUUGUGUCCACCACCAAAUUUCCUCAAGGGAACAAAUUACCAAUGCACCAACAGAGAGAGGCAAGCCAUCAACUGUUUAGAUGCAGUCGACGGAUCCACAUUAUCGUAUUUUUGUCCGAAAGGAUUCGAAAUACCGAAAGGCACAACCAAUACGAAGACGUGCAUUAAAGGUUCUUGGGGUUCGUCGCAGCUAGAAUGUCUUCCUAAACCCGUUAAAAAUUGUGGUAAACGAGUUAACAUUUCUAAUGAUCAAGGCUUGGAAUACCCUUGGAAUGUAGGAGUUUACAAGAAAGGGAGCUAUAUGUAUAUUUGUGGAGGGUCACUAAUUUCGCAUAAACUUGUUUUAACUGCAGCAUAUUGUGUAACAGAUAAAAGUCGAUAUACCGUACUGCCAAUAGAAAAUUUUGUGAUAGCAGCUGGGAAAAAGAGCCCCAUUUAUAAUUUCAAAGAUACUGGCGCUCAAUAUUCAGAGAUUUCGGAUAUUCAAGUUCAUGACCAUUACGGACGAGACAAGAAGUAUUUGGCCGAUUUCGCUAUAUUGGUGGCAACGAAAACCUUCACUUUUAAUAACUUUGUACAACCCGUAUGCUUCAAGGAUGUAAACAGUAUCCAAUUGCAACCUGGAGAUGAAGGAGUUAUAUGGGGAUGGGAUGUGCAGAAAACAACUGUCUGCUUUUAUUUUCACAAAAUUGUAGCAGGGACGUACCAAUUGCAAGAUACUUGUGCUCAAGCAGUCACUCCGGUUCAUCAGUUGGACACAAUUUGCGGUGUAUUUCACAAUGCAGCUCGCACUGACCCUGGCACAGGUUUCGUCAUCAAAGAUCCUGAAGAUGAACGAUAUUACGUACACGGUGUUGUCAGUGUCAACCCUAAUUCUAGCACACAGAACUUCUUGGCGACCAAUGUAUCUUUCUACUAUGAUUUCAUAGACGAUCGGUUGUCCAAAUAUCAAUAAACUUGAAUCCAAAUAAAUAUUAUUUAUUUUAUGUUACUAUUAUUUUAAAUGAAUAAUUGUUCAUUUCGUGACAUUAUUAAUGAAUGAGCUUAUAUUGUGAUAUGUGUAGAUGCUGUAGAUGAGCCAAUACUGCCUUAAGAAAUUGACCCCCCUCAUUUGAAAUAUCGUUACUUACCUGAAAAUAUAAAAAGUAGUUGAAAUUUAAAUAGGUUGUUAGUAAAAUUCAUGUAUAAAUCAAUAUAUAUUUUACAGGUUUUAAUUAAUAAUACAUAAAUGUUACAUGAAUUUUACCUGAACAUCCUAUGGCAACAGGUUACCGUUCAAUGAAUUUUACCAUACUUUUUAUUACAGUGUACUACUCUUUGUAAAGUAUAAUAUGUCACUAGGUAUACGCACUGCAAACUAAAUAAUUAAUUAAACAUAAUACUAAAAACUCAUGUAAUAAUAGAACAUAUAAACAAUAUUAAAAAUACUACAUUGUAAUAACCUAACAUAAAAAUAACUUAUUCAUUCUAGGUAAACAGAUCUGUUCGUUCACUUCGCAGUAAAAACGCAAUAAAAACUAGGUUACUGACCGAAUAAUACAGUGGGUCAAGAUUCACUCUCGAUAAACCUUUGUGGGUCAGGACCGGUCCGAAAAAGAGUUUAAUUAAUGAUUUCAAAAUAUUUUCUCAGCCUAAAUAUGCAUUUUAAUUUUUUUUUAUCGCAUGUUUGUAUUCUACAGUGUAGGAAA